UGCGCAACAUGUCUCUGUCACUGCAGGUGUACCACCACAGCUGUAGGUGUUCUUUUACGGAGAUAAAGACACUGGUUGUGGACAAAUGAAAAAGAAGGUGGGCUGUUCCAUUGCUACGUAACCGAGCUCAACUCUACCUCACUUCAGAUUCAAUACUUCCUCACUCUUAAACCAAACCGACUGUCCAUGCACUGCUUCUAUUCAGAGCGGUCAACUGGAAAGGAUUCCGCCUUGAUUUGGUUAAAAUUUUGAAUGGUGCCAUUUUCUCUUCCUCGAUAAUGUUGGGUACAGUAAAAAUGGAAGGACAUGAAACACCGGACUGGAGUAGCUACUACAGUGAAGCACAAGAGGUAUAUCCAUCAGUACCAAAUAGCAGCAUGAAUUCAGGUCUUGGCUCCAUGAACACAAUGAACACCUACAUGAGUAUGAACAGCAUGCCCACCAGUGGCAACAUGACAGCCAGCUCCUUCAACAUGUCUUACGCCAACACUGGACUUGGGGCCGGACUGAGCCCCAAUACCAUGUCAGGGAUUCCUAGUGCCACCAGCGCUAUGAAUGGAAUGGCAACCGGAAUGUCAGCAAUGGGCACAGCACUUAGUCCAGCGAACAUGAACGCUAUGUCAGCACAGCAAGCUUCCAUGAACGCAUUAACCCCAUAUUCCAGCAUGAGCCCCGCUAUGAGCCCUAUGGCGUAUGGUCAGCCAAACAUGAACAGGACAAGGGAAACCAAGACCUUCAGAAGAAGUUAUCCUCAUGCCAAGCCUCCAUAUUCCUACAUAUCCUUAAUCACAAUGGCUAUCCAACAGUCUCCAAGCAAGAUGCUCACGCUAAGCGAAAUCUACCAGUGGAUCAUGGACCUUUUCCCCUAUUAUAGACAAAACCAGCAAAGGUGGCAGAACUCUAUUCGGCAUUCGCUUUCAUUCAAUGAUUGUUUUGUCAAAGUGGCCAGAUCACCAGAUAAACCCGGCAAAGGGUCCUAUUGGGCACUGCACCCGGACUCGGGGAACAUGUUUGAAAAUGGCUGUUACCUUCGCAGACAGAAACGGUUUAAGUGUGAUAGAAGGUUAUCCAAAUCAUCACAGGAUGGUAGAAAAGACCAGUCGAGCAGUUCUGGGUCGCCCCCUCGCGAAAGCAACAACAGCAAAUCCGGCCAAAUAGAAUCGAGUUCUAUCUGUAGUUCAAACCAGUCCUCCAGCCCUCAGACCACGGAUCACAACAGCGGGAGGACGGGUACUGAGCUAAACACGAGCGCGGCAGCGGUACAUACCGCUGUCAGCUCAGCUACGGCCCUGGCAUCAGUGCCCCUGCCCCCGCACUCCCUGUCUCACGAGUCCCAACUCCAUCUUAAAGGCGAUCCCCAUUAUUCUUUCAACCAUCCCUUUUCCAUUAAUAACCUAAUGUCAUCUUCAGAGCAGCAGCACAAGCUGGAUUUGAAAGCUUAUGAACAGGCUUUGCAAUAUUCAUCCUAUGGGUCUGGUAUCUCUGCCAGUCUGCCUCUUGGCAGUGCCUCCAUGGUCGGCAGAAGCAACAUGGACCCUUCGGCACUGGAUCCGUCUUACUAUCAAGGUGUGUAUUCCAGACCUGUUCUGAAUACUUCCUAGUCUCCCUCUGCUAGAAUACUGGACCGGAGUUGGAAAGAAAAAAUAAACUCUUAUUUUAUUUUUGCACGCAUUGAGUGCAAAGGGACUGUUACUUUAUUAUUGUAUAAAAUAUUUGUGUAUGUAUAAAAAAAAUGUAUACUGUAAAGUUUUGCCAUGAGAAUGAUUGUGUAAACCCGUCUAAAACAGUGCAGAUGUUCUGCAGGACGUAUUUAAACCUUUGCGCUUGUAAAUUACGUUGUGGUCCAUCCCCCCUCCCCUGUAUAAUGAUACAUAAAGAUCCAAAUUGUUUACAUAUGUGUUGCAAUUUUUGCAAAAAAAAAAAAGAUAAAAAAUCGUUCACCCGAAGGUCUCUCAGUUGAUUGUUAUAGGUUAACGCAUCUACUCACUUAAGCUUUCAAAGGUUCUUGCUUAUCGGAUGUUGUCAUGUUUAUAUUAUUUAGCACUGUUUUGCUUUGUGACAAUGUCUGUCAUUAACAUUUUUCAAACAAGGCUGUAUUAUAGUAGGUAAAUGUAUUAACUGGAUUUCAACGGCCACGGCAGAAUUGCAUAAUUUGAAAUAAAAUAUGGAUUUCUUUAUUAAACAAA